CAUGAGAUCGCUGAGAGAAGUAAACAUUCCGUAAUUAAUGUGUUUUGUGCGAUUGUUUUGGUGAAAAUUACGCAGGAUACUUUUGUGCUUUUGUUUGUGAAGUUUCCACCUCGUUAUGACUGAGAAAAGUGAUUUACUCACGCAAACAAAAGUCGGAAUUUUUUGACAGAUUUACUUGGAUUAUUACGGAUUAUAACGUUAAAUGCAUCCUUCUUCAUUAUAUGGACGCGGUCACGGUGCGCAACCCAACCAACAGCGUGACUCUUGGGGAGGAUGGCGUCACAGCGCUGCCCCAGACAGAGGAGGUAUUGUCAGCUUGGAAUCUCUGGCGCCCAAACUAUCCAACAGAGAGCAGGAACUAAGACGCCAUGGAGCAUCAAGUACAGGCUCUUUGAUCGCCGACCACCCAUCUUUGACCAGGACUGUCCGAAGUCGCUUAUCUCAAGCAUUCGGCAGGUUUACAGAACCAAGUGUCUCACAUUCGAAUGCUAACGUCUUUUUUGAUUGUACAGCAUGA